AUGUUGCUCCUGCCCCCCCUGGUGAGCGGGGAGAUCCAGUGUCGUGGAGGAGGAGGAGGGAAGAGAAGGAGGCGAUUAUAUGCAGAGCUUCGGAAAGAUUUCACGAGCAGGAGGGGAAGGGGGUCUUUCGAGCGACCAACAAGGGCUCCCACAGCAAGAUCGGCUGCUUCUCGG